AUGGCUUCGUUGUAUGAUGUUCUUUCGGGCAAUCUACGAGUGGGACUACUUGGAGCUGGGUUUUGGAACUAUCUAAGAGAGGACAUUACGUUUAGUCUGUUUGAGAAGUGCCCGUUGAAGAUGAACCUGGAAAGUACGCUGCUUUUUACACCUCAUGAGUCUGACCAGGACUAUCUCAAUUCUGUUACUCUGAUCCUUGGAAAGAGUAUCAAUAUGGCAUAUAGCCAAGACACAGAUGCCUUGCGGUGGAGACAGAUUACAGAGUCGUUGAGGGACUGGCGAAGAGCAUACCCGGAUCACAUUAAGCCUUUCUCAAGGGAAUUAAGUACAUCGCAUCUAUUUCCAGCAGUUUGGUUCCUGCAGCCCUAUCACGCUGCUAUACGUCACUACUACCUCGUCACAAUGACAUUUAUCUGCCUCCAUGACCAGCUAGAGGCUCCGGAUGAUUUGGAUACUCUCAAUCUCGAAGGCAGCUCCAAAGAAGAGAUGCUUGAGAAAUUUGCAACCGAAAUCUGCGGAAUUGCCUUUACCGCAAAGGUCCCCUCUGUUCUUGUGAACGCAUUUGGGCCAAUAGCGUUCUGCGCAAGGUUUAUUCGUCACGAGACAAUGCAGCAGGAGGCCAUUCGCCAACUACUCGCUUGCAAAUCAAGUAUAGGAUGGCCGGUUGAAAGAAUUAUUAAGGGCUUGGAGGCGCACUGGGGAACGGUUUAA